AUGCGGGUUGUUGGAAGUUUGCGCCGAGUUGCAGCCGUUGCAGCAGCUACGGCUGUAGCCACAACCUGCACGACAGCUAUGGCAGAGACCAGGCCUGGCACAGCUGUAUUUGUCCCCUUGCUUGGAGGGCCCCAGUCCUGGCGCUUCGACCAGUGGAAGGCGAUAACGGAUGCUGUGCGCGGCGGCGUGUCGACAGCCAGGCUUGUACCCAGCGACUCGGGUGCCAAAUUCCAGGGCAACCUGGAUCCUAGCAAGCUGAAAGCAGGAUUUGCAGGCGUGAACCUGGACGUUGGUGAGCUGCCGCGCCCGCUCACUGAUUUUGUUGGCCUAAAGCUUGAUGUUGCGAAUUCAGACGGCCGAGAGUACACGGUGCUGUUGAAAGUGCGUGGCGGUGAGGCUGGGAGCUCCUACCAAGUCCGCUUCACCCCAGAGCCCAACCAGAGCAUGGAGGCGCCAUUUGCGACCUUCGCUGCCUUCCGGCGUGGGCGCCCGGACCCCUCAGCGCCGCAGCUGCGCGCGGCAGACGUGGGGACGAUUGCCGUGCAGAUUGCCAGCAACUUCGAGGAGCAGUCCGGGGACUAUGAGCUGGAGCUGAGGGGCAUCUCUGGUCUUGGAGGGCCAGAGAUACAUUCUUAG